AUGGGAUUAUGCAAUGGAAAGACUAACUCUUCUAAAAUGAAUAAAUCAUAAAGUUAAAGUGAUGUAUAUAAACAACAACUAAUCUAGAAAAUUUAAAAUGCAGAUCCUUAGCAAUAAACAACUUCUGAUUCUCAAUUUCAAAGAAAUAAGAGAUAUGGACAUUUAUUAUAACCAAAUAGUGCCUAACAUAAAUUGACUAUGAUUUUAGAAAGUUAUUAAAUGUAAAAAGAAAAGCUUAUAUCAUCUCCUAUAAGCAUUAGAUCACAUUAAACUUUACUAAUAAGUAAACGAAAUGCUGAAUUGAAUAAAUUAUUGGAUAAUGAUUUCAUACCAUAAGAAGAAAUGAAUCAAGCAGAAAAAUGUUUUUAUAAAUAUUUUGUUAAUAAAUUUACUGGAAGAAUUUAUUAUACAAAUAAUUCAGACUAAGGUGAAGAAAACAAUCACUACAGUAAUAUUAAAAUAAAUAGAGCUGCACUUGUAAUUUUUGUUUUAAGCUUAGUGUCAUCCACAUAUUAUUGAGAUUUUAGAAAUAGAAAAUGAAGAAUCAUAAUAAAAGGAUAAAUUAUUCUUUGAAUAUUGUUCUUAAGAAAGUUUAUAAGAUUUUAUAGACAAAAAUUAAGAUUUUAAUUUGGAAUAAAUUUAAAUUAUUGCUUCUUAAAUUAUUUCUGUUGUUGGUCAUUUACAUUCCUAAAAAUUAUAUCAUAAUAAUUUAGAUAUGCAAUCAUUUCAUUUUUUUGUAAAUUCAAAAUAUCAUUAUCUGAAAUUAACAAAUAUAAAUGGAAUAUUUAAAUAAAAGAAAAGAGAAAAUAGUAGUACAACUUUUGAUUUAUAAGAUAGAAAUAAAUCAUCAGAAUAAGAUGUUUGGUAAGUAGGUUUGAUAAUUUAUUUAAUGAUUGCAAAAUUUAAUGCUACUAAAAUAAAUAAUUAUUAAGAUUUAGACAAUGAAUAAUGGUUGGAAACAAUUAAAUAAAAUUUAAGACUUCCUUAAAAUAUAAUGGGAAUUAAUUUAAGAUCAUUAUUAUUAGCAAUGUUGUAAUUGAUACCUUAAUAAAGAAUUAAAUUUAAUUAAGUAAAAGAAAAUAAAUUAGUUUAAUUGGGAAAUUAAGAAUUUCUUAAAUUGCAUAGAAUAAAAUUAAUACCACAAAAUCUGCAUAAAAAAAUUAAUUAUUUAUAAAAAUGCUUUACAUUUUAUCUAAUUUAAUCUAUGGCUCCACAUUAAUAUUUAAUAAUGAAGAAACUUUAUGAUAUUUUAGAUAAAAAUGAAGAAAAUAAUUUAAAUCUUAUUAAUUUAUGCAAAUUAUUGUAAGAUUUAUUUUAAGAUUAAAAUGCAUUAUCUGAUUAUUAAUAGAUGAUUGAAUCUAAUUAAUAAAUUACUUUUCAAGAUUUUUUAGUGAUCAAUAGCAAUUUAAACAAAGUUAUUACUCUAGAUAAUCUUAGAAAGGGAUUUCAGAUAUUAUCAAAUAAAAGUUAAUAUAUAAGUAAAAAAAGUAUAGUUAGACUUAUGUAAACAGAUUAGUAAUCAUUAAAUAAGGAAUUCGAAAAGCAUUGUUUAAAAUGGAGAGUAUUUAUGAUAUAAUAUUAUUAGUUUACUUAUGAUCAUUUUAUUAAUUUUAUGGAAAAAAUUAAAUGA